AUGGGUUGCCAGAUUCCUCUUUUCCAGCAUAACAACAUGCCUUCUCGUGCUCCAAGCUCAACCGGCUCUCAACCUUCCUCUACCCCUUCUCCAAGAAUCAUGGCCUCUGUCGCCACUCACCAGUCGUCGCACCCCUUCUUGACGCCCGCGCACGCAUCCAACAUAUCGACAUGGACAUCUUCAUUGCCCAGACAUCAGUCGUAUUCGUCUCCAGAAUCAGAAUCCGAGGCUCAAUCUCGCGAAGCUGCCAUCGAGGCCUACCGCCAGCUAAAAGCCGCACUCUUCUCGAAAGCCAUGGAUCCCAGCAUGUCUAGACCUACUUGA